AUGGAGAGGGCGAAGGAGAAGUUGGCGCACAGCCUGGUCGGGCGCCGGCUGCACGCCAAGCAGCGAGCGCUGCCGCACGAGCUGGCCGACAGAGCGGCGAGGGAGGAGAAUGAAGCCAAGGCCGCCGCCAAGAAAAACACACAGUUGAGGCGCAAGCAGGCCAAACGCCAGCACGAGCGUCAGGAGGCGCACAGGCGCCUCGAUGGCUACCGCUCCCGGACGCAUCCCGAACCCCCACAGCGUGUUGUGCCGGAGUGGGAACUGGCCGAGCGGUGGGAGGUGGCGCGCGAGAAGGCCGGCGGCCUGGUGCCGACCGACUGGCACCGCGACGCGCACGAUGACAACUACACCCGGCGCUGCAAGCGGAUGAGCGCCCUGCACAGCCUCCACGCAUUCCUGUCUCCUCAGCCCGCCGACCGCGACGACGACAAUGCGCGCAGGCGCAUCGACGCGGUGCUGUCGCCCCACUCCGACCACUCGGCGCCCAUUGCGGCCCACCUGCGGCGCUGCUUGGUCGCCGCCUCGACGACCACCACCGCGGCGGGCGGGCACCACCGAUCGGUCGAGGAGAAGCUGGUGGCGGUGAUGGUGGUCGGGCGCAUGGGGCUGUGGUGCCCGCAGACCGUUGGCGCUGAGAGCAGCUCCGGGCUACUGGCCGCCCUCACCGACCUCGCCACGGCAGGCCCGGCGACGGGCGACGAAGAUUGCCCGCGCCGUGCGGCGGCCGGCCGAGUCGAUCACGAAGACCUUCGCGCAGCGGCUAUUGAGGUGGUGGGUUUAAUUCAGUUCGUCAACCUGUGGCAAAUGGCGAUGAUGGACUCGGUGGAGGUGGGGGAAGAGGUCGUGGCGAUGAUCGACUCCGUGCUCAUGCCCCUCUGCACCACCGAGGGCAACAGUGCGCCUGUGCGAAGCGCGGCCCUGUCGGCGGUGGGCCUGCUCGGCACCCUCUUGUCCCCGCCCGACCUCGUAGCCUGGGUUGAAGAGCACGUGGAGUUGCUUCUCGAGUGCCUGGAGGAGCGUGGUGUCGACAUUGACGUGCGCCAGGCGACUGUCGACACGCUUCUGGUCUUCCUGGAGAUCGUCGACCACGCUCGUGUCCAGUGGGGCGCCGAGAGUGACGACGACGACGGCGACGGCGUUGCGGAGGUGGAGAGUGACGACGGCGACGACGAUGAGGAGGAAGAUGAGGCCCUCGCCCUGGGCCAGCACGAUCGGUACCGGCUGGAGGAGGUGGUCGAGCGACUGACCAAGGAGCGCGAGCGGCGAGCCGACAAGGAUGACGGCAAGCGGCUCCGACGCGCGUCCGAGCGGCUGCUUCGCGUUCUGCGACGACAUCAGCACCCGGGCGACAACGGAACCGUGGAUGGCGACCACUCCGAGCCGGAAGACGAGGAGUGCACGCCUACGGUGCGGCGGUUGAUCUUGCGCAAUUCGUGUAUCACCCCCAAUACGGAGGUGUACCAGCCCGAGCUCGUGGUCCACUCAGCGUGGCACCAGAAGCAGUUGCGCUCGAUCCAGGCCAUCGUGGGCGCGUCGCUGCCCAUCUACGCGCAGGCUGGUCUGACCGGUGUGGCGGUGGCCGACCGCCCGCUGUCAAACAUUAUCCGGGAGAUGGUGGAGCAAAACGAACUGGUGGUGGGCUACCGGGCCAGGCGCAUGCGGGGCAGCCGAGCAUUGAAGGGUCCCGUCUUGGCCUUCAAAAGGGCCAAGGGCACCAAUCGCAACAAACACGCAGCGGACUACACCCACACGGGCCAGCCGCUCCCGGUACGAACCCAACACGAACCGAGAGAGGCCGCCUGA